AUGGGGAAAAUCUAUCAGAUAUUUGUGAAGGGGCUCAAAGGAGAAACAACCACCAUUGAUAUUUCACAUUCAGAAAAAGAAUUCAAUGAGAUGAAGGUUCUGAUGUUCAAACAGAAACUGCUGGAAAAAUUGCCACCCAGAAUGGAUGAUCUCCGUCUUCUCUUUGCAAAUAAUCAACUGGAAGAUAAUAAAAUGUUCUCUGAUUACAAGCUGAAGGAUAAAUCCACAAUAAUGAUGGUGCUGCGUCUGCCUGGAGGAGAGAGAUAAUGCCAAGAAUGCAUAGAAUGCUGAAGCCAUCACCAGAUCUGCCGUUCCUCAAUCAAUGGGAAUAUUUACCUCGAUGCUAUGAUGACAGAAUGAAAAUCCAGUAAUAAGCUGCAUAUCCCUACCAGCUUUGUCUUUUAAAAAUACUUUAAAUUGACUCUGUUUGUACUUUAUGUCCAGGUUAAUUACAAGGUUUGCAUUAUCCAUCAAUUUUAUUUAGUUUCCUUAUUUGAAAACUGUACAAGAACUGGCUCUUUCAGUCUACGGUCUAUUGGUGCAACAUAGUACUGUAGUGGUUAGUGCAGUGCUUUACGGUGCAAGACACACAGGUUCAAUUCCUGCUGCUGCCUCUAAGAAUUUUGUUUUGCAUUCUCCUCAUGAUCGCAUGGGUUUCCUCCCACCUAUCAAAGA